AUGAAGAGAGUUUUCGGCGCGAAAAAGAACACAGAACCUCCUCCCUCUAUUCAGGAUGCAUCUGAUCGGAUAAAUAAAAGGGGAGAUUCAGUAGAAGAUAAGAUUAAGAAGCUUGAUGUUGAGCUCUGCAAAUACAGAGAACAGAUCAAAAAGACAAGACCUGGUCCAGCUCAAGAAGCCGUCAAAGCUCGUGCCAUGAGGGUUUUGAAGCAGAAGAAAAUGUAUGAAGGACAACGCGACAUGCUUUAUAAUCAGACAUUCAAUCUCGAUCAAGUUUCAUUCGCCGCUGAAGGUCUCAAAGAUGCUCAGCAAACUAUGACGGCGCUAAAAUCUGCGAACAAGGAGUUGAAAGGAAUGAUGAAAACCGUAAAGCUUCAAGAUAUAGAUAAUAUGCAAGAUGAGAUGAUGGAUCUGAUGGAUGUAAGUUCUGAGAUUCAAGAAACACUUGGAAGGAGCUACAAUAUUCCUGAUGGCCUUGAUGAAGAUGACCUUAUGGGAGAGCUUGAUGCUCUUGAAGCUGACAUGGGAAACGAGACCGAAACAGAUGGAAUGCCUUCUUAUCUCCAACCUGAUAAAGAAACGGAUUUCGAUAACGAACUUAACUUUCCGUCUGUACCAAUAGGAGGCACUGGGGCUCCUUCGGGUCGAGUUCAGGCUGAGGAUGAGUUUGGAUUACCCGCGGUACCACGAGCUUCUCUCCGGGGAUAA